AUGGACAGAAUCCAGACGAAAUUACAGUCCAAAGCCAUCAAUCCGAAACGGCUAAAGCUACAUCCUAUUCCCACCCCAAACGACCGCAGUAUUGGAAGCGGGCUCGCCUUUUUGGCCGAAUGGCAGAUUCUGACAAAAAUCUAUGUUUCUGCCCCUUAUAAAUCAAAUCUCAACUCUUUCAGACGGGCCAAACAUGAAGAAGAAGAGCGAGACAAACAGAUAGCAGAUCAAUUUAAGCAGCUACAAAAGCAAAUAAAUCAGCCUUUUGAAGAAAAUGCCCAGUUACGCGACCACAAUAUUGCGAAACAAGCGGAAUUAGAAACAACGCUAUGCGUUAGAGCCAAUCUCGGAAUCGGGAAUUUACUUAUCGAUAUGGCGCGAAAGCUCCUGGCCAAGGAGCCACAAGGUUCAGCGUCUACAAAAUUGAAAGAACAAAUUGAUGGAUCGACAACCAGAAUUCAGCAACUCGCAACGACCAUAACCGAUCAACGCUUGGUGGAGGCAGGAGUCCCAACUAAGUAUCGGAAAGAAUUAAAUCGGUUGCCUAGUUGGGUCGUAAAGCGAAACGAGUCGGCUCAUGAUUUGGCCUAUGAUCUCGCAGCUGUUCUGUCCCAUCCUACCAUGCAAGACCUGUACGAGCAAUGGGCAGCAGCAUUCCCGUUCGUAUAUGGCAAAACAAUUUCACAGCUUAUAGAAGAGAAGAAGACCAACGAUCACCACUGGGUGGGCAAUGAUUAG